UUUUGGGGCAGAGACCGCAGUCUUGGUUUCUUUCUCGUUGGAGUCUUCGCAUUCCCCAUUUGGAAUCUCGUGUUGCGGCUCCAGGGGAGGCACAAGCACAGAAAAAUCCUCCACGUCUUCUCCUGUUCUGCUGCUAGAAAGAGUUGGCUGAGGUCACGUGGAAAGGGCCGGCUGGGAAGCCACAUGAUCUGAGUGGCCCGGAGAUUGGGAGUCGUCGCAAUGGGUACCACGCUGGACAUCAAGAUCAAACGAGCUAAUAAGGUGUAUCAUUGCGGGGAAGUUCUCACUGGAGUGGUGGUCAUAACAAGUAAAGAUUCGAUCCAGCAUCAGGGAAUCUCAUUAACAAUGGAAGGAUCUGUAAACCUGCAGCUCAGUGCCAAAAGCGUUGGUGUGUUUGAAGCAUUCUACAAUUCUGUUAAGCCUAUCCAACUGAUUAAUAAUACGGUAGAAAUGGUAAAAUCUGGAAAACUGCCUAGUGGUAAAACAGAAAUUCCUUUUGAGUUUCCACUGCAAGUAAAAGGAAGCAAAAUUCUUUAUGAAACUUACCAUGGAGUUUUUGUCAAUAUCCAGUUUUGGAUGGAAAAACAUGAAAAAUCCUAUACUCUUCGAUGUGAUAUGCGGCGCUCUCUCCUGGCCAAGGAUUUGACAAAAUCUUGUGAAUUUAUUGUCCAUUCACCACCUCAGAAAGGUAAGCCAACUCCAAGCCCGGUGGACUUUACUAUUACUCCUGAAACACUACAGAAUGUGAAAGAGAGAGCAUUGCUUCCAAAAUUUCUCAUAAGAGGCCAUCUCAGCUCAACAAACUGUGUCAUAACACAGCCUCUAACAGGGGAGCUGAUAGUGGUGAACUCAGAUGCUGCUGUUAAAAGCAUUGAACUCCAGCUGGUACGAGUGGAAACUUGUGGCUGUGCUGAAGGUUAUGCUAGAGAUGCCACUGAGAUUCAGAACAUUCAGAUUGCUGAUGGUGAUGUCUGCAGAAAUCUUCCUAUUCCAAUCUAUAUGGUCUUUCCAAGGCUGUUUACAUGUCCUACACUGGAAACUACAAACUUCAAAGUCGAAUUUGAAGUUAACAUUGUUGUCCUCUUGCAUGAUGAUCACCUCAUCACAGAGAACUUUCCACUGAAACUCUGCAGAAUGUGAUUAUGAUUGCUUUACAACUACCACUCAAACCAGAUGCAUCCCAUUUGUUGGGCAUCCAACAAACUGGCACUGCAGGAACUAAGCAACAUAACCCUAUUAGUGUGACAAUUCAGUAUUUUGAAUGAUGGACCAGAAUGUUAACUUACAACAUUCUUAAUGUUAUGACACAAUCAGUGUUCAAUAAGAACUAAGUCAUAUUCAUCUGUAAUGUCACUGCGCUGCAAGCAUUAAUCUAAGUUGAAAUGGGAACUACAUGGCCUACACUUCUUUUUUUAUUCGUUUAUAAAAAUUCUGUGAGUAAAAAAUUCAGGCAUUGAGAGGAAGAGUUGCAUAUAGCAAUUUGGUGUUUUGAACAAAAUUAUUUUGCAUAUAUGUCUUAGCCUACCAUGCUAAGCAAAUGAAUGAGAUAUGAAUGAGAUGAUGGGAAGUGCACUUAUCAAAACAUUUGACUAACAUACUAAAAAAGCAACUAAACUUUUCAAAACAAGUGGAAUUUAGACAUUCCUGUUUCCUCUGCUAGCAUCUAAAGAAACACUUUUUUGUAUCAGUUUCCUUUGGGGAAUAGCUUAGUUAGUAAAAACGUGUGUGUCUGACCUUAAUAACCAGUUGGAGGAUUAGUCAUAAGGAGCUGAGAUGGUUCGGUUCUGGCAUCUUCUCACCAAAUUGGUGGUACAAUGACAUGAAAAUAGUUUGGGGCAACACAGAGGGAAGAGUGAUGGGUACAGAAGAUAGAAUUAUUGCACUUUGCUAUCUUUGGAAGGUGUUGGACUAUAUAUGUUGAAUACAAUUCAUUUUUGAUGUUGCAUCAGCUUGGCAAUACUGUAGAAAGUAAACUUUCCCUUUACUUAACUCCUCAUAUAUCUGAUUAUUAAUGGUGUGAAUAAAUCAUUCAUACAUUUUAAAUCUUGUUCACCCAA